AGCAUUCAUUAUUUGAAAGUACGAAGCGAAGAUAAGACGCGAAUUCGGUGGAAACACCUAACGAAGUGAAGUGUUACUACGUGUGUAUAAAUAAAAGUAUUAUUCGAAGAAUGCCAGCUAUCGGAAUAGAUUUGGGAACUACGUACUCGUGUGUGGGAGUAUGGCAGCAUGGGAACGUGGACAUCAUCGCGAACGAGCAGGGCAACAGGACUACACCAUCCUACGUCGCCUUCACGGACACGGAACGACUCAUCGGCGACGCGGCGAAGAACCAAGCCGCUCUGAACCCCAACAACACGGUCUUCGACGCUAAACGGCUGAUCGGACGAAAGUACGACGACCCCAAAAUCCAGCAAGACAUGAAACACUGGCCUUUUAAAGUCGUUAACGAUUAUGGCAAGCCGAAAAUUCAGGUCGAGUUCAAGGGGGAAGUGAAAAAGUUCGCUCCUGAAGAAAUCAGCAGCAUGGUGUUAACUAAAAUGAAGGAGACAGCUGAAGCAUAUUUGGGUACGACGGUAAAGGACGCUGUUAUUACUGUGCCAGCUUACUUCAAUGAUUCUCAACGUCAAGCGACUAAAGACGCGGGCGCCAUUGCUAAGCUGAACGUUCUACGCAUCAUCAAUGAACCCACUGCUGCUGCAUUAGCUUACGGAUUGGACAAAAACUUGACAGACGAACGCAAUGUCCUCAUUUUCGACCUCGGAGGAGGUACUUUCGACGUAUCAGUCCUCAGCAUUGCUGAAGGCUCACUCUUUGAAGUGAAGUCCACAGCCGGAGACACGCAUUUGGGCGGCGAAGACUUUGACAAUCGCCUCGUGAAUCAUUUCGCUGAGGAAUUCAAAAGGAAGCACAGAAAGGAUAUCACCGGGAGUCCCAGAGCGUUGCGUCGUCUGCGCACGGCAGCUGAACGAGCUAAGCGUACUUUGUCCUCGAGUACCGAAGCAACAGUAGAAAUCGACGCGUUGCACGAAGGCAUUGACUUCUACACGAAGAUAUCCCGCGCUCGAUUCGAGGAGCUAAACUCGGACUUGUUCCGUGGGACGCUAGAGCCGGUUGAGAAGGCAUUGAAAGACGCCAAACUGGACAAAUCUUCAAUCCACGACGUCGUCUUGGUUGGUGGAUCGACGCGCAUCCCCAAAAUCCAAAGCAUGUUGAAGAACUUCUUCUGCGGAAAGAAGUUAAACCUUUCCAUCAACCCUGAUGAGGCAGUUGCGUAUGGUGCUGCAGUUCAAGCUGCUAUCCUCAGUGGAGAACAGCACAGCAAGAUCCAGGAUGUUCUUCUAGUCGAUGUAGCACCUCUGUCACUAGGUAUAGAAACCGCGGGAGGGGUUAUGACCAAAAUCGUCGAAAGAAACGCGAAGAUCCCCUGCAAACAGAGCCAAACAUUCACCACGUACUCUGACAACCAGCCCGCUGUCACCAUCCAAGUGUACGAAGGAGAACGAGCGAUGACCAAAGACAACAAUCUUCUCGGAAAGUUUGACUUGACCGGCAUCCCCCCAGCUCCACGUGGCGUGCCAAAAAUCGACGUGACCUUUAACCUGGAUGCGAAUGGAAUUCUCAACGUCUCUGCCAAAGAGAACAGCACUGGACGCAGCAAGAACAUCGUCAUAAAGAACGAUAAAGGAAGAUUGACCAGAGAGGAGAUAGACCGCAUGUUAGCGGAAGCAGAGCGCUACAAACAGGAAGACGACAAACAAAGAGAGCGGGUGACAGCGCGAAACCAUCUUGAGACUUACAUCUUCGGUGUGAAGCAAGCCGUGGACGAUGCUGGAGACAAACUGAGCGAGCAAGAUAAGCAGCAAGCGAGAAGCGAGUGCGAUGACGCGCUUAAAUGGCUGGAUUCCAACUCCCUGGCUGAAAAGGAGGAAUACGAGCAUAAGCUCAAGGAACUCCAGCGUGUAUGCUCGCCGCUCAUGAGCAAGAUGCAUGGAGCUGCUAAUGGAUACCCUGGCGCGCAGCAGGGUCAACGACACCAACAGCAAUCUGAACCCGGUUUUCCAGGAUAUCAGCAGCAAUCGGGAGCCGGUUUUCCAGGAUAUCAGCAGCAAUCAGGAGCCGGUUUUCCAGGAUUUCAGCAGCAAUCGGGAUCCGGUUUUCCAGGAUAUCAGCAGCAAUCGGGAGCCGGUUUUCCAGGAUAUCAGCAGCAAUCGGGAGCCGGUUUUCCAGGAUAUCAGCAGCAAUCAGGAGCCGGUUUUCCAGGAUUUCAGCAGCAAUCGGGAGCCGGUUUCCCAGGUCACCAACAGCAACAGUCCUAUUCGGGACCGACGAUAGAAGAAAUUGACUAAAUCUACUAGUUUGUUCCUAACCCUAAGUGAUACAUAAAUUAGCAUUUAUAAAAAAAAUGUAGACUGAUUAGCUUAAUUGAUAUAUGUUUUUUUUAAUCCAACAGGUGUUCAUUGUUAAUUGCCAAAAUAAAUGAAAAUUAAUA